AUGUUGUCACGCUGGACAAGUGUGGUCGCGGCCUUGGCCGUCAUGACGGCCACCUCGCUGGCAUCCACCACGACGUACGAGACCAAGUCGGGCGUGCGGCCGUGGGUGGACGUGGACACGCCCAGCAAGGCGCAGACGCACAAGUCGUCGCGCGGGGAGACGUGGACGCUCGUCAUGAGCGACGAGUUCAACGUCGAGGGCCGCAGCUUCGACGCGGGCGAGGACCACCUGUGGACGGCCAUCGACAAGCCCGACGGCGUGAACGCCGCGCUCGAGAUCUACUACCCCAACAUGACGGGCACGGCCUGCGACGACGACGGCAACUGCUACUUCUACAUCGAGUCGGACAUCCACGAGACCAACCUCACGGUCUGGAACGAGUACAUCUCGCCCCCCGGCUACGAGGACGUCACCUUCUACUACCGCUCGGCCAUGGUGCAGGGCUGGAACAAGUUCUGCUUCCAGGGGGGGCUCGUCACCGUGCGCGCGCAGCUGCCGGGCGCCGUCAGCAACGCCUCGGGCAACCCGGACGUCGAGACGGGCUCCACCAGCGUGCGCGCGGCCAACAUCGACUACUACCCGACGUGGCCCGGCAUCUGGCUCAUGGGCAACCUCGGCCGGGGCAUCUUCACGGGCUCCACGGCCCGCAUGUGGCCCUUCUCCUACAACGAGUGCAACGACACCAUCUUCGACUCGCAGAACCAGCGCAUCAGCGCGUGCGAUGACAACCCCGGCUCGGGGAUGAACCCCAACCAGGGGCGCGGAGCUCCGGAAAUUGAUAUUCUCGAGGGAGGAGGCACUGCCAUCUCGUCCUCGAUUCAGGUUGGACCCGGUAUGCCCGAAGACUUCCGGACCAUUGUGGACAAUUCGUCCGCGUAUUGUAUGUACAGCUAUGACUGUACGACCGAGGGCGCCAACAACCAGGACGUCCCCACCAAGUAUUACUGGAACCUGCGCGGACACAAGACGUGGUACCAGGGACUGCGCUACGCUGCCAACAACUUGUGUGACGUUGAGAAGGACGACGUCCAGAGCUUCGCGACCAUCAACGCGUCGGUGACUAAGGGAAUCACGGAGAACGCGUGCACCAUGGAUUUGUGCCCCGCGUCGUACGACGUGAACGCUGACUUGGGAUUCAAGGACAACGGUACAGUGCACUGGGGUGUGAAUACGAACGGAACCUGCUUCCCCAAGCAGAACGCCUAUACGGGCGCGUACCUGUGUAAUGCCGGUAACACUGCGUCGGUGUGUACCCAGUCUGGUGGUUCUACCAGUUCUGGAUCGGAGUUCACGUACCAAAUGGAUGCUAUUUCUUCGGACUGGGAAGUGCACAUGGCUGCGUAUUUGGACUGGGUCACGUACUCGCUGGAGUGGGUCAUGGGAGACGCGGGCUACAUUCGCUGGGAGGUGGAAGGUCAGGUAAUCUUCGAGAUCCCGGCGGACGCGGUCACCAACCCGCCGCAGGACACGGCGAUGAUGAACCCCAAGAAGCUCAUGAUCGAGGAGCCCAUGUACUUCAUCUUCAACGUGGCUCUCUCCAGCUCGUGGGGUUCCAAGCCGCCUAACGCUGGCUCAAGUGGCUGCUACGGUGACGGCACUGACAAUACGACCAACGCCAUUUGCGAUGAGUUCCCCAUGUACAUGAAGAUCGACUACAUCCGCGUGUACCAGGACGUGUCCGACGAAUCGUCGAUGGCCGUGGGGUGCGAUCCGUCCACCCACCCGACCAAGCAGUGGAUCGAGGACAACAUCGACGACUACCAGGACGACGACAACCUGGUAGUGGAGGUCUCGGGCAUGGCCUUCUGCGACUCGGACGACGACUGCACCAUUUCCACGACCGGUUCCUCGGCUGUGAGAACCGGCACGUGCAAUGCAGACAAGCGCUGCGAGUGUUCGUCGGACUCCUGGACCGGGCCGCGCUGCACGACGACGGCCACCAACGAGGACGGCGACAACCUAUACGGCCCUCCGAUCAUCGUCGCCCUCAUCAUCGCUGCCAUCGCGUGUGUCGUCACGUUCUGCACCAUGCUGUACAAGGUGACCCAGGCCAAGCGCAACGGCAGCCGUAUGCGCGACCAGGCUCUCAAGAUGGAGCACGCCAAGCACGUGCAGGCAGUUGGCGUCGAGUCGGUCGACGACGGCGUCAAGGCGCCCCACAGCACCACGAACCAUGUAUAG